UAUAUAUGAACGAAGUACAAAUUGCUUUCCAGCACGAAAAAAAAACGAAGUACAAAUUGCUAACGUUUCUCUCUGCUCGGAUCAAAUCGAAGAACAAAUUCAAGAAGGUUUUGUGAAUAUAAUUUGAAGACAUGACGACGGCGGCUCGACCCACGUGGGCACCUGCAAAAGGUGGUAAUGAACAAGGUGGUACUCGGAUUUUUGGCCCUUCUCAGAAAUACUCAUCAAGGGACAUGGCAGCCCAUACAACUCUAAAACCCAGAAAGGAGGGGCAAGACACCCAGGACGAGUUGCAGAAGAAGAACCUCCGAGAGGAGCUGGAAGAGCGUGAGAGGAAGCAUUAUUCAUCAAAGGAUAAAUCUUAUAGUUAUGACAGAGAUCGCAGGAGAGGAAGCCAGCUGUUGUUGGAAGGGGGCAGAAGGGACACUGAAAUUGUGCCGCGUAAUGUAGAUGCUGAUGAUUCUGAUGUGGAAGUCAAAAGUGAUGAUGAAAGUUCUGAAGAAGAUGAUGAUGAUGAUGAAGAAGCUCUGAUGGCCGAGCUUGAACAAAUUAGGAAGGAAAAAGCAGAGGAGAAGCUACGAAAGGAACGACAAGAGCGGGAGGAAGAGCUUAAAGUCAAGGAAGCAGAGCUUCUCCGAGGGAACCCUUUGCUUAAUGGUGCAACAGCCACAUCCUUUAGUGUGAAAAGAAGAUGGGAUGAUGAUGUGGUGUUUAAAAAUCAGGCCCGUGGUGAAACCAAGACUCCAAAGCGCUUCAUCAAUGACACUGUCAGGAAUGACUUUCACCGCAAAUUCCUGCAUAAAUACAUGAAGUAAUGUCAUAAAUCAAUCUAUAUCUUGAGAUGGGACCCCCCGAGCAACAAAGUCAAAAUGAACUUUGUCUUUAACAGUUGUAUGUACUAUAAUGUUGCAAUUGAAUGCACUGUGCUUGAUUCAAAUUGGCUUGUUCUGAAAGAAAAAGAAAGGGGUGUCGAAGAUGUAAGGCUUGUAAGCUGGAUCUUGAUAUUGAAUGUUACCUGUUUUAUGAAGUUGGAAGGAAUAGUUUGUUUGUUGAACUUGUUUAUGCAAUUGGUUUGCAUGAAUGGUGAAUAUUUAAACAA